AUGGCCAGAUUUAAACAAAAGAAAGAAAGAAAAACAACUGAUCGUAUUAAUAAAUCAAAUCACAGCAUGAAUAUUGAUCGACCCAAAGCAGAUGCCCACGGUGGUCAUAACAUGAGGGACCGGGCCACAAUCAAACGUCUUCAAAUGUAUAGAAAUUAUAAAGCAAAAAGAGAUAGUAAAGGAAAAAUUCUUCGUCCUGCUCCAUUCCAAUCUUGGCUUCCAUCAGGUUCUGUGGCCAGAGUUGAACCCAACAGAAGAUGGUUUGGAAACACACGUGUGGUUACACAGACUGCCUUACAGUCAUUCCAGGAUGAGAUGCAAAAAGUGAAAAAUGACCCUUACAAAAUGGUGAUGAGGCAAACAAAGUUACCCAUUUCACUGCUGAAUGAAGCAGCCCGGUUUGCUCGUCCACAUCUGCUGGACACAGAGAGUUAUCAGGUGACCUUUGGCCCAAAAGCGCAGCGCAAAAGACCCAACAUUAAGGCUGUAGACUUACAGGCAUUGUUAAGUCAAGCUGAAGAGCAGGAACGUAAAUACAACCCAGAGAAUGACACAGAUCUUGUUGUUGAAGAUGAUGGCAUGAGGGAUGAAGCCAUUGAGAUGGUUUUCAAAGCGGGUCAGUCCAAACGUAUUUGGAAUGAACUGUAUAAAGUUAUUGAUUCUUCAGAUGUUGUUGUGCAAGUUUUGGAUGCCAGAGAUCCGCUGGGAACAAGAUGUUACCAAAUUGAAAAAUACCUGAAAGCAGAGAAAGGACAUAAGCAGUUGAUUUUUGUUCUUAACAAAGUUGAUUUGGUUCCUGUCUGGGUCACACAAAAAUGGGUGACUAUUUUAUCUGCUGAAUACCCAACAAUGGCCUUCCAUGCAAGUUUAACAAAUGCAUUUGGAAAAGGAGCACUGAUUAAUUUGUUGCGUCAAUUUGCAAAGUUACACUCUGAUAAGAAACAAAUCAGUGUUGGCUUCAUAGGUUAUCCUAAUGUUGGUAAAAGUUCCAUCAUCAACACUCUUCGUAAGAAGAAAGUCUGUAAAGUGGCUCCAAUUGCAGGUGAAACUAAGGUCUGGCAGUAUGUAACACUUAUGAGGAGAAUAUAUUUGGUUGACUGCCCUGGUGUUGUCUAUCCUUCAGGAUCUACCCCUGAAGAAAUUGUCUUGAAAGGCGUGGUUCGAGUAGAACAUUUAAAAACCCCUGAAGACUAUAUUGCCCCAAUCCUGGAACGUGUACGACUGGAGUACAUUCAGCGCACUUACAAAAUUGACCAGUGGAAAAGCACAGAAGACUUUCUGGAGCAACUGGCAAAAAGAUGUGGGAAAUUAUUAAAGGGUGGGGAUCCUGAUUUUAACAAUAUUUCCAAAAUGGUCUUAAAUGAUUGGCAGAGAGGUCGGAUUCCAUAUUUUGUAAAGCCUCCCAUUAAAGAAAAUGAUGAGAAUGACAAAAUAGAAGAGAAAACUUCCAGUAUGACACAGAAAGAGAAUGAACCAAAACCAAUUGUAGAUUCUAAAGAAGCAGGGAAUGCUGCCCCAAAGAAUUUUGCUCCUCAAGUGCAACAAAACUUCAGCAAAAUUCGAGUUGAGCCUGAAUUUGUGGCUGAUGAUGUCCAGAAAAUUGAACUUGACAUCUCCAGAGAUGAUUCUGACAUAGAACCAUCUGAUGACGAAGACGUUCAAGAUGAUCUGAAAGAUGAAGAACCACCAUUAGGACUCGUCAUGCACAAUGAUAAUGAGGCUGAUGAUGAUGGUGCCCAGAAAUUUGUUGAAUUGAUGACUUUGUCAGCAAGUGAUGCAGUAGAAAAGCCUGGCAGUAAUACUACAACCAAUAAUAGUGAUGAUGAUGAUGAUAAAAAAGAUGAAGAGAGAGAUACCUUAAAACUUCACAAAGACUCUAAAGACCAGCAAAGUAAAGAACGAACUAAAGUUGGUAAUAAGGUUAAAAAGACUGUUUCUGAUAAGAGAAAAGUUUCUAAACUGAGCGAUAAUGAAACAAAGCCAUUGUCAAAUGAAGGAGAGAGUGAAGAAGUAGAUGAUUCUUCUGAAGAGACAGUGUUAGACACACAAGACAGUUGUUCCAGAUUGACAAAGAAAGAAAAGAAGUUACAGUUAUUGGAAAAAGAUAACAACAAAUUACAAAAAACGUUUGAAACGGUUCCAUCCGGAAGCGGAAAUUUCAUCGUGAUGCCAAUGAGAGAAGCUGCUGAAGACGAAGAUUUUUUGUACAAAUUAAGAGAUCCAAUUCCAGUUGAUGUUGAUAGUAACGUGAGUAGCCCAGCCGCUUCACAUUCUCCUGAGAAGACGAAGGAAAAGAAGAAGAAACAUAGGAAGAGGAAGCAAGAAGAUUCUGAAGGAGAAGUUAAAUUGACUGCUAAACAGCGAAGGAAACUCGAACGUAGCGAACGAAAGAAAAAGAUAGGCCAUCAUUUCUAUUCGUAUGCAAAUGUGAAGAACCGCAGUAACCGUCUACGCAAAUGUGACACUUCUGAUUGA